AUGCACUUCAAGAACUCCGUCCUUCUCGCGGCGGCCCUGACCGCUGGGUCAGCCGUCGCCCGUCUUCACGGCCACGAGCGCCGUCACGCCCACCCCAAGUUGGAACUGGAACUGGAGGGUCCCGCGCCCACUGAGGCCCCCAAGGCCGAAGUCGACAUCGAGCAGCGUGAUGUCGGCGAUAUGGUGUAUGCCACCAUCGAUGGUGUCCUGCAGUCCUGGAUCAACGAGUGGUCCGGCGAGGUCGCCUCCGAGACUUCUUCCACUUCCACCUCGACCUCCUUCUCGACCACCAUCACUCCCACUCCCACCCCCGAGUUCACUGCCUCCCCGAGCGCCGUUGAGUCGACCGUGAUUCCCGUCCCGACCUCGAACGCUGGCUCCGGCUCUAGCUCUGGUGCUUCUGGUGGCAAUUGGUACGACGCUCCUUCUGAUGGCCAGUUCUCCCGUGACGCCUUCGGUGGCACUACCGCCAGCACUAAGACUGGUCCCCUCGACUGGGACUACCAUGGCAACGUCGGCAUCCCCUGGGGCAGCAACAUCGCUCUGGUUGACGAGGCUGAUGCCAGCAAGUACAAGCACGUCAUCCGUUUCGAAGGUGCCCACGAUGAGCCCUGGAACCUCCUUUUCUGGAACACCUACGGUCCUGAUGGCAAGAUGGACGGCUUCUGGAGCCCCCACGCCGCUUUGAAGUUCUCCCUGCCCAAGGGCUCCGUCAAGUACGUCGCCAUCGAUGACAACACCCAGGGUGGCUGGGCUGCUGCUCAGGGCGACAUCCCUACCACCUUCUUCGGCCAGUAUGCCUCCACCUGGGGUGAAUUCGACAUGAGCAACGAGCAGAACGACGGGCAAUCCGGCUGGGAUGUUUCCUGCAUUAUUGCUCAGCUCAAUGGCCUGGACAUCCAGGGUAUGCGUAUCUGUGACCACAACAAGGAGAACUGCUCCUACAUCGGCAAGGGUCUGGCUGGCCUCCUCAACGCCUACACCUCCGCCGACCAGGGCACCAAGAACCUGGCCGUGACCGGUGGCCCCGGUGCCAUCCGCCUGGUUGUCGACCUCGACUACGCUUAA